AUGCGAGAGCGGGACGCGCACCCCGUCGUGCGUGUUGUCGACCAGCACAUCCUCGUCUUCGACCCUGAGGAGCCCAGUGGCCCCCCCGGCAGCAUGCUGCCCACCCGUGGGCCCAGGCACCAGGGCAAGCACCUGAAGUUCGUCUUUGACCGGGGGUUGCUGCGGGAAGCUCUCCGGCGAGGAGCAGCCGUUAUGCCGCUUCCAUUAAUUAACGAUCGUUUCGACCAUCUAUCCUUUCUCCUCCCAGUGUUUGCCUAUGGCGCGACGGGAGCAGGAAAAACCUACACCAUGCUGGGCUCCGAGAAAAGCCCCGGCAUCAUGUACCUCACCAUGGUGGAGCUGUACAAGAGGAUUGAGGCCAGAAAGGAGGAGAAGCGCUGUGAGGUCCUAGUCUCCUACCAGGAGGUGUACAACGAACAGAUUCAUGACCUCCUGGAGCCCAAGGGCCCUCUGGCCAUCCGGGAGGAUCCUGAGAAAGGAGUCGUGGUUCAGGGUCUCUCCUUCCACCAGCCCGCCUCGGCAGAGCAGCUCCUGGAGAUGUUGGCCAAUGGCAACAAAAACCGGACGCAGCACCCCACUGAUGCCAACGCCACCUCCUCCCGCUCGCACGCUGUCUUCCAGAUCUACGUGAAGCAGCAGGACCGUGUCGGUGGCCUCGCUCGGGAUCUACAAGUGGCCAAGAUGAGCUUGGUUGACCUGGCAGGCUCGGAGCGAGCUUCAGUUGCCAACACCAAGGGAGAGCGUCUCCGGGAGGGUGCCAACAUCAACCGCUCGCUGUUGGCCCUCAUCAACGUCAUCAAUGCAUUGGCUGAUGCAAAGAGCAAGAAAACCCACAUCCCAUACCGGGACAGCAAGCUCACGCGCUUGCUGAAGGACUCCAUUGGUGGCAACUGCCACACCAUGAUGAUCGCUGCUGUGAGUCCCUCUGCGCUGGCCUAUGAGGACACCUACAACACGCUCAAGUACGCCAACCGGGCCAAGGAGAUCAAGCUGUCGCUGAAGAGCAAUGUGCUCAGCUUUGACUGCCACGUCAGUAACUGUGCCGUGAUCUGUGAGCAGCUGAAAGCGGAGGUGGCAGACCUGCGGGCGAAGCUUCGUGCCUAUGAGGAUGCUGCCCAGGAGGUGGAGAGCCAGGUGCCGGUGCCGCUGGCUCCUCUCAGCUCGAGCCCAGUGGGGCUGCCCAGGUUGGAGGAGGCUGUCCCAAAGACAUGCUUGGCCCUGGAUGAUCAGAGGGAGAGUGAUGAAGAGCAGCAGAAGCUGGAAGCUGGAUGGUCUGUUGAGCUGCAGCUGGAAUCGGAGGAGGCUCCGGAGGAAAUGCAUUCCAGCAGCCCCAGAGCAACCCACCAGACAGAUGGCCAGCUGGAACCGAAGAAGCCAAGCCACCUUCUACAGGGGUUGUCCAGCUGCCAGCGAGAGUCCCGAGCUAACGAGUGUCUGAGGCCCAGCAAAAAGUCUGUGGAUGCCAUUUGGUUCCUUGUAACCAACAGGCUUGUAGCUGCUGUCCUGAGCAUUGCCCGAAAACACUAUUCCAUCCUGAAGGCUGCCAACCUCCUAACUCCUGACAUGGUCUCUGAAUUUGAGGAACUGGAGCGCCUGGUCCAACAGGAGGCUGGUGUAAGCCUGGAGCAAGCCGCGUCUCCAAACAGACCCGCAGAGGUCAGCGAGGCUGCCCCAGCCCAGAGGAUGCAGCAGGGCUGUGACGCAGAGGCGUCCGUUGCCGUGCCCAGUGCCCCUGUGACGAGUGCCACCCUGCAAUGCUUGGAGCAGCUCGCUCCGCUCUCCACACCAAUGGCUCCCAGCCUGAUUAAGAAGAGGAGGAGGUCUGAGACAAACAGCGCUUCCCAAUUGGGAACUGCCCGCAGCCUCAAAAUGCAGGUGAAACGCCAGAGGAGAGGUGGGAAAGCAGCAGAGACUCCCAGGGUGACGCAGAACCCAGGCACCACCUGUCUCAAAGCAGCAGCCCAGGCAACCCCUGUCUCCUCGGUGCCAUCCUGUUGCACCCCCAAAAUCUGCCCGCUGACAGUCACCAAAAGCCGCGUGCCCCUGGCAAUGUCAGCUGCUCAAAACUGCUGCACCGUGCCUGACCUGCCCGUCCACGACCUGAAUGUGACUUUUGAGGUCUGCGAGUACAACGGUUCGCCCGGCGCAGCCGAGCCAGCUGCCUUCAGCCUGCCUGAGUUCCCUGUCUGGGAGAAUGUCCAGAGCCUCCUAAACGAGGAGGCCAGCCCCUUCGUGCCCAAAGCCCGCAUCCCGGUGUUUGCUGUGAAGGGUUCCUCCAUCCCCAAGCCCUCCUCUGUCCCCAGAGCACCUGCGCAGAAGCGGAGGCGAGUGGAGAGCACUGCUUCCCCUGCCCUGGGCGGGCUCCAGAGCUGCACCACCCACCUCCCAAGCAGCAAGCAGAGAUCUGCCCUGCGCUCCCGCAUCCCAG